UUUGCCUUUUUUUCUUCUCGGUUUUGGAUGAUCGCAUUCAAGGGAGUGUUGGUUUCUUCUCGUGUGUCAACCUCUUCUUCCUUCUCAAGCGCUAAAGACCGCUCCUUUAUCUUAUCUUCCGGGCGGAGGGAGACGCAGGUAACUUGAGUCAGGUAAAAUAACUGCUAUUUUCCGACACAAUAAAUCUGUCAGAAAUCUCUCCAUUGGAUUUGGCUGACAUCAUCUUGUCCUCUUCCAUCCUUUUACCUGCAUUUCUUCUACUGUAUCCAAGAAAGCAGCUUUUCUCUCUCUCUCUCACUCGCGCGCGCGCUCUGACCAUCAUCACAAGUAAUGCCGUCUUCAAGAGAAAAGUGCGGGCUCAAAUGCGUACUCCUUGAUCAGGUAGCGGAGAACAGCUCCCGAGGACACAGAACCUGCACAGUGGUUUCACAUAAUUUGGUUACCACUGUUGUCGCAGAGAGUUGCAGAGGGAGAGGGUGAAGAAAGCGAGAGAAUAAAUGAGGCUGCUCUGCUUCUGUCUUCUUUUCUUUGCCUUGUUUUGUCCAUUGCAUGGGCUUGAUUGAUGACCCAGAUGUACCUUCUCUGCUAAAGCUCAUGGGACCCUUCCAUGGGCCAAGGUAAAUGAAGAAAGAAAAGACUUCUCUUUGACUUCUGGCUGGAUUUUUUUGAGCAGGGUGAAAGGAGGAAGAAAGCCACCAGGAUUCGCAACUGGUUGUGGUGGGUAAAAGUAUAGCAAGGUGAAAAGGUUCUGCUGAUUUCUUUUACCAUGUGAGAAUGAAUAGGAGGACUGAUUGAUUAGCUUUCUGCUAGAGUUUUGUAGAAAACCAUCCUCUCAAGAUAUUAAGAUAUCAUUGUUUUGAUCUGAAGGAACUGACCUCUCACGCUUUGCUUUGUCUUUUGAUCAUCCAUGACCUUCUUCUAGUCCCAUGUUCCUGUCAUUUGGGCUUGUGCUGCCAAGGCAAGACUCACUCUGAGCAAAUCAUGGAGAAUCACACUUGGUGAAACUAUAGCAUUUGGCCAUAUGCUCUUUGGGUAGGGGGAAGGCAUAAUUCUUCUUCAGCCAUGGGGCCCACUAUUUUGGAUGUUGUGCUUCAUGAAAACCCAAUUCUCUGAUCACUUGAAAACAAAGAUCUGCUGCAUCCUAUAAGGAAAUCAGCCACUUCCUUUUUAUGGCUGAAGAAGUGAUUUCUUCCUGUGGUCUUGGAAGAACAGUGGGGACAUAUCCAGCCUGAUUUGGUUCUCAUCUCCAAGGCUCUCUGGCCUCAGCUCAUCAUCCAGAGAGGAGACAACAGAUGGUUAUUCUUUUUGGUAGCUUAUUGUCUGAGCACUCAAGAACAGUCAAGAGAGGAGGAAUGCAGCAUGGAACUCUGUAUGAGUCCUUAGGAGAUACUCCAGUCAGGUGAAGCAUGCAAGUCCAUAAGCAGAAGACAAAUGGGAAUGAGUAAAGGCACACUAAAUAACCCAGAAAUUUGCAGAUGUUUAUAACUCAGAAAUAUGUAGGAAGUAAUAAGGCUAAUCGACAAGAUAAAGCAUCCUCACGUCAUAUGAAGAUGGCACCUGAAUCUUAAUCUGCUAAGUUCUACGUAUCAAGUAGUCCGUCAGUAGCUUCUUGAGACUGGAAUUUCAGCAGCGUGUGCCGGAAUGGAGAGUGAUAUCUUCAAUGGCUCACUAUCUGUCUUUAAUCAUAACCUUAUGAUUCUUGAUUCAGCAUCAUCAUAUGUGCUUUCAGAUUCUCUUGUGCAAUCGAGCUUACCACAUCACAACAGCCAUAGGCAAAUAUUGCAAGAAGUUACGGAUGACAUACACUUGAUAAGAAAUGAUUCCAUGGAAUGCAGUGAUGUUCCAUCUUCUAGAUAUAUCAAUCAAACUGGAAAUGCCUCAUGUUCCAUUGCUAGCCUUUUCUCUUCCACCACUUGUUUGCCUGAAAAUAUCAUCAGGGUUGAUGCAACCUCCAAUUUAGGAUUUCCACCAGAAGAAUUGAGAGUUCCUAUCUCCAACAAUUUGCCACAUUCAGCCUCACCACAUUGUGAUUUCGGCAGCUCAGGUCCUGGUUGGAAUUUCCAUAACUCUGCUCCAGAUGGUGAACUGUGUCUGAGAAUUGGCCAGUCUUCAGUUCCAGACAUGGGCAAUGUUGCUGAUCAAUGCUCUGAACGAAUUAAGUCAGCAGACAAUUCAAACCUACCUACUGAUUUUGGAGCCUGCAAUCAUGCUUUUCGGAAGUCCCUGCAUGAUUUUGGCUCAGGAAUGGCACGAGAGGAGGCUACUACUCACACCGAGAAGUUUUAUUCAGACGUUGGUUCUUCUGGUCCAGUUCAUUUCUCCCUUGUAUUGUUACGAUCAAAAUAUCUCAAUGCGAUCCAAGAAGUUCUUGGUGAAGCUGUCUCUUAUGCGCUAGAAAAUGCUAGUGCGGCAAAGAUGUCCUUUUCUUCAAGCUGCUCCAGUGUAAGGGAAAUUCCAAUACCUGUUUCAGAAGAACUUCCUCUUUCAUUCGGACAAACUGAACCCCUCGGAAGUAUGGAUAGUGGAUAUUCUCAGGAAGCUAAAGCUCAGCUACUAACACUGCUUCAGUUGGUUGACCACAGUUACAACCACUGCUUAGACCAGAUCCAGAAUGCUGUAACAUCAUUCCUUUGCCUAUCUCAGUCAAGCACAUCUGAGAACACCCCUGCUCGCUUCGCACUGCACACAGUUUCUUCCCUCUACAAAAGCUUGAGGAAGAGAAUUACUAGUCAGAUUCUUACGAUCGAUCAACAUCCAAGCAUAGCAUGGGCAAACGAGAACGAGGGAAGCUAUGAGUCAUCGCUGAUCCAAAAGCAGUGGGCUCUGAGGCAGCUGAAGAAGAGUGGCCAACAAUCUUGGAGACCCCAGAGGGGCUUGCCCGAAAAGUCGGUAUCGGUCCUCCGAGCAUGGUUGUUUGAGAAUUUUCUGCAUCCGUAUCCUAAAGACAACGAGAAGCAUUCGCUCGCGAUCAAAAGCGGUUUGACAAAGGGCCAGGUGUCCAAUUGGUUUAUAAAUGCUCGAGUUCGCAUUUGGAAACCAAUGAUAGAGGAGAUGUGUGCAGAACUCAACAAGAAGAGAGCAGAUGGAGGGGCAGGUGAGAGUAGGAGCCAUGGAAAUGUUGGUGUGCAGAGGCUUGGCUCAGUAUCAGUUGAAUGAGUUCCUUUCCUUGCUUGGUUGAAGUCAUUUCCUUCUUCUAUGGUGUCACUGGAUUCAAGAUCAUGUCAUGUUGGGCUGGUCCUAUCAAAAUGGCAGGUGAUCCAUGUAUCAAAUUAGAUUUCACUUUUUAAGAUAUCAAUGUUUU